UUAAUCCAACAUUUCAUUUCACUAUAUUACAAGUUUUAGUGGGAUUAUAAUGUAUUUUAAAUCCUUUAAGAGAGAGAUUACAGAGAAAAGUCGCAGAUCUGUACCACUCACGGCAGCAGUUUUAGGAGGUUUAAAGCCUUCCCAAUGGAAAAACAACAAUAUUUAAAGCUUUAUUUGGCUUCUAUAUGAAGAUAAAGUCAUCUGCUAUCAAUUCGAUUAACCUUUGAAAUUCAACUCGUUCUCUAAAUGUGUAUUUUUUACAGUUUUCGCUGAAGAGAAAACACAAAGUGGCACAGUUUUUCGGCAGCUCCUGUGUGAGCCACACUGAGUUGAGUCUCUACGGUUCUCAUGGUGUGUUUAAGUUCCUCUCUUCGCUGGGAUUUCUCUAUCCGUCUCAUCAGACCCGAGAAUCCUCCUGAUAGCAUCAUGGCAACAGAAGAAGCUCCCACUGAAGUCGCCGCCGCCCCGGCAAAGGCACCAGCAAAGGCACCAGCCAAGUCCCCGAAGAAGAAGGCAGCCAAGCCGGCCAAGAAGGUUGGUCCCGGAGCCGCUGAGCUCAUCUUGAAGGCGGUCACCGCCUCCAAGGACCGUAAAGGGAUCUCUUACAUCGCUGUGAAGAAGGCGCUGGCCGCUCAGGGCUACGAACACACCUCUCACAUUAAACGCGCCGUGAAGAGGUUACUCGAGAAUGGAUCACUUGUGCAGGUCAAGGGAAUCGGAGCCACCGGCUCCUUCAAGGCAGCCGAGAAGCCCAAGAAGGUAGCGAAGAAGCCCGCAGCCAAAGCCAAGAAGCCGGCAGCAGCAGCAGCAGCAGCAGCGAAGAAACCCGCCGCUAAGAAGCCAGCAGCAAAGAAGGCAGUAACACCCAAGAAGGCGAAGAAGCCUGCUACUGCUGCCAAGAAAACCCCCGUGAAGAAGAUAACAAAGAGCCCGAAGAAGAAGGUGGUGGCCAAGAAGGCAGCACCCAAGAACGCAGCGACUCCCAAGAAGGCAGCUACUCCCAAGAAAGCUGUGAAGAAGGCACCAGCCAGGAAAGCAGCGAAGAAGUAAACAGAUAAUCUACUUCCUCUACAAAAGGCUCUUUUAAGAGCCACCCACAUACACCAAAAGAGCACUUCUCCUGUUUUAAUAUUACAUUUGUUUACACCUGCUACAUAUUUAUUCGCAAAACCAGAAGACAUUGUGUUUAUUUAUUAUUAUCAUAUGCAAUAAGUUAACUUAGUUAAUUAGUAGAUGACUUCAAUCAAUACGACAUGUAUUAACAUUGUAACAUUGAAUGCUAUAUCAUUAAU